AUGGCAGAUACUGAAGAUGAAUCGAGGCCCUUACUUUCUUCUCAUUCAAAUGAUUACCUUACGACAGAGGCAUACGAGACAGGGAUGUUAAGAAACAUCAGGAGCAAGGGUAGGUCAAGAACUAGGUUGCUCUUGAUUACUACUUUUUUGCUGGUUUUCGUUCUUAUACCUUUUUGCUACGUUUAUGGUAACGCUCCUGAACAAGAGCAGUUACAACAAUAUAUUAGUGACAUAGCUGAAUUUAAACUUAAUAAAGUUCAAUUCAAGGGCUGGAAAGAUAUUGAUCACUCCGAAGCUUCUAGUCCAACGUAUCCAACGGAGGAUUUAAAGAAAUGGAUGGUUUUUGACGUUAAUUUGUCUUUUUCUGUGGACUACGAUGGAAGUAGUACAGCGUUAUUAACAGAUGAACAACGCAAAAUAGUGAAAGUAAUAAGUGGUAAUGUACUUCGGCGGGUUUGCUUCCGAAUAAAUAGCGUUGAAACAUUCGCAGAAGAUGAUAAUAUUGAUAAAAUGGCGUUGUUUACAAUGUUGGGUUUGGAGAAUUUAUGUGUUAGCUUGCUGGAUAAAAAGGUUACAGAUAUAAAUACAGUUAUUUCUGUGAAGCCAAAUAUUAAGAAUUUAUCCAAGAUAUUCUGGCUGAUUAAAAAUAAUGAUAAGCUAAAUACAUCUAUUUGGUCAUCUCUCGAUCUGAACAUUGGAGAACAUAUUUUUUGGGACAAAUAUUUGAUGCUUAAUCACUUUAGUAUACCCAAAAUUUCCUUGGAUAGGUACAUCCAUUGGAAUAAAAUAAGGUCUACGCUUAGGCAUCUUAGCACUAUCAUACAAGAACUAAGUUCCAACUCGAAGAUAACUAAUUUUAAGGUUCAAGAUUCUAAUGAACAUCCUGGUUUUAUAAUUAAUGGUGAAAUAAGUGUACCGCCACCCAAAGAAAUCCCUAAAUGGCUUUAUACAAUGGAGGGGAUAAAUAUUCCCUCAACGCAAUGGAGUUUUAAGCUACCUAACUGUAACUCUGAUAAUACUAUUGAGGUAAAUGGAGCUUCAAUUCAGACGAACUGCGUAAGCCUUUCCAACUGGUUUUCGGAAGAUGCGGCUAACGUUUCAGCGACGAUUACUGUACCCGGGCCUCUUUCAGAUGAACUUUUGUAUCAUCUGUGCUCCUAUGAGAACGAUGAUAUAGUUACACCAAUGAGUAUAUUGGUUAGAAAGUUAUUCAAUUCUACAGAGUUGAUUUUUUUUGAUGUCCAUGGACAAAAGGCUUUGGUCAGUGAUAACUGUAAUACUUUACCAAUCGAUCUUGCAACAGAAUUAGUCCAGUCUAUAGAUUCACCGGUUGUUGCAAAUUUCACGAUAAAACAAGAAGAUAUAAUAGAAGAAGCUACAAUAGAAAAGUUGGAGUUGGAAGUCAGUAAUGAUUAUCUUGGUGAAUUUAAGCUCUCUGUUACUGGUAUAGUAGUCCUUACCCUGAACCCUCCGUUUUAUGAAUUGAAUGACCAGUCUAAGUUGAGUAUUGAUAAAAUCAAAGGGGUUACUAAAUUUUAUCAUAAUGAUAUUCAUUUUAUUACAACUCCGAUAUUAAAAUGGACUGUCUGCGAUUCAGAAAUCCAAGACAAUAAGUUAAAAGUUCGCUUUGACAUGAAUGAUGAUGAUGUCAAGAUCAUAAACAAAAGAGAAUUGACCCUUUGUCUCAACGAAAUUUUAAUUGCAGGAGAAUCAAAAGUUCGGAUUGCAAGUAAUUUAGAUCUUUUGACAAGGUCAGCUUUAGGUGAGGUUGUGUUAUUCGGGAUGCCUGGAAAUGGGCAGACAACAAUUAGGAAGGAUCACUACAGAAUGCCUUCGGAAAACGACCUGCCUGAGUCUUUCUAUCCUUAUUUGAAAAGAUAA